AGUUUCACAGAGUGGGUGGAUGACGUUGCUUGAAUUCAUAGGGAAGUGGUGACAUACACACCGCGCCUCUGAGAGGAACGAAAGUCGUGUCAAAUUAAAACAAGAAAACAAGUGCGCCUCUUUUCUGAACACAAAUUCUAGAUUAUAGGAGAUUGAGGAAUGGCUUAUCACAGUCAGUACAGACCACCUCAUUUUAACAACGCUCCUCCGAAUCAAGAUUUUCUGUGGAAUAUAUUCCAGAGAGUCGACAAGGACCGGAGUGGCUCAAUAUCAGACACAGAACUUCAGCAAGCACUAUCAAAUGGUACCUGGACACCUUUUAAUCCGGUGACUGUCCGGUCAAUCAUAUCCAUGUUUGACAGGGAUAACAAAGGAGGUGUGAACUUCAACGAGUUUGCAGGCGUUUGGAAGUACAUCACGGACUGGCAGAACAUUUUCCGCACCUAUGACAGGGACAACUCCGGCUUCAUCGACAAGAAUGAGCUGAAGCAGGCUCUGACAGGGUUUGGUGAGCAAUGUUAUCGUCUUUCUGAUCAGUUCUAUACCACUCUCAUUCAGAAAUUUGACAGACAGAGAAAGGGACAGGUGGCUUUUGAUGACUUCAUCCAAUGUUGUAUAGUACUACAGAGGCUGACAGAUGUGUUCAGGAGAUAUGACACUGAUCAAGAUGGGUGGAUUCAAGUGUCAUAUGAACAAUAUCUAUCGAUGGUCUUUAAUGUUGUAUAAUGGAAAAGGAACCAACUGGACACUACUGUGCCAAAUGCCAAAACCUCCACAAAUGUCUUCCAUGUUAACAUGACCAAACACAACCUGAUUGUUAUGAUAGGAUGGAAACAGGACGGAGUAAGGAGUGGCUAUUGUACAUCACUCUAUUGUAUGUUUAUUAUAUGAAUCAUAAUAAUGUUAAAAUGAUACAGGUUUAGGUAAAUUUUGGUUGUAAAUAUUACAUCAUUCAGUUGCAUGCAGAUGUAUAUUCUCCCAAAAACAUGGGGGAAACAUCCCAUAAUGCUAAAGCAUGAAAUAUUAAUCUUAAGUAUUUUGUUGAUGCAAUGUUUACAAACACUGUGAAAAGCAGGAUUUAUUAAGAUCUUAAGUCGGCUUUUGUUUAAUUGUUACGUCUGUUUUCCUGUAUUUAUAUUGACGUUCUUUUAACCAGCAAUGCCAUUAAGUACAUAAGUACACAUUACCGUUGGCACAGUAGAGGGAACAUGCAUUUGUAUAGCUUAUUUUUUUCUGCAUGGUGCCUUAAACUGUACAAUUGCUAAACAUUUUUAUUAAAACACAUUUGAAAACAGGGGAA